AACAAGAUACAAGGAAUGAUAUUCAAAUUUAUAUUUCAUAUUUUAUUAUGUAUAUGAUUAAGCAUGUGUUGUUUAUAUAUACUUAAAACUUAUUACAUGGGUUUAUUUUGUUUGGAUGAGUAGUGGGAUACAGAGUAAGAGUGGACUCUGGUUCCAGAUCGAUGGUUGGGACUAACCAUAAAAAGGUUGAGGAAGCACGUGCCGCUAAGGAAUUCGAGUACUUUAAUAAACCAGAAAUCAACGAAAUUACUAACCAAUGUUAUGCAGACCAGAUUGAUUUCCAUGUGAGGGUGGUUGCUGGAAGGGGGGCUGCAUUGGAGCAAGCAAGAGAGUCAGAAGUGACAUGGCUAAUACUUGAUAAGGAGAUGAAGAGAGAAAAGAAAUUCUUCUUGGAAAGGCUUAAUUGUGACAUAUCAGUAAUAAAACGAGGCAAAUCCAUUGAAGAAUUGAGAGUUUCAAAACAAUCAUGGAGAAGUAAAGAACAAGACCAUGAAAUUAGCUGUAAUACUAAUAAACUGAGUAUUGGAACUAACUCAAAACCUUACUUAAGGUACAAUGAAAUGAUACCAGGAAGCCCAGAAGAGGAACACUCUCAACAAAAAGGUAAGAAGGACGAUGAUAUUGGGGAAUCAUCAUCAUUAAACAUGGAAGGUGAAGAUGAACAUAAAAACGACGAGGAUUGGAUGGCGGGAUUCGAGACUGAUGAUGAACUAAUGUCGAUUUGCUCCAUUUGUGAAAAUAGAAGGCCAAAGAUUGGAUGGACAAAAGAGUUUAGUUAUGCAGAACUCCAUGCAGCUACAAAGGGAUUUUCCAAAGCCAACUAUAUAUCAGAAGGUGGAUUUGGUAAUGUGUUUAGAGGACAAUUAAAGAAUGGACUUAAGAUUGCUGUGAAGCAACAUAAACAUGCAAGCUCACAAGGUGAGAAAGAAUUUAAGGCUGAAGUUCACUUUCUCAGCAAGGCAAGACACAAGAAUUUGAUUAUGUUGCUUGGAUCAUGUUCUGAAGGACGCCAUAGGUUGCUUGUUUAUGAAUAUGUUUGCAAUGGUUCAUUGGAUCGACAACUAUUAAAACCGGCACGAAAACCCCUGACUUGGGAUGAGAGAAUGAAAAUUGCUAGUGGAGCUGCGAAAGGAUUGUUGUACCUUCAUAAAAACAAUAUUGUCCACAGAGAUAUAAGGCCAAACAACAUUCUACUUACACAUGAUUUCAACACCCUGCUUGGAGACUUUGGGCUUGCACGAAGUCAGCAGGAAGAUCACUCGUCAGAGACGAGGGUUGUUGGAACAUUGGGAUAUUUGGCACCAGAAUAUGCUGAAAGUGGAAAAGUUUCAACCAAGACAGAUGUUUAUGCUUUUGGGGUCAUUUUAUUGCAGCUCAUCACUGGACAUGGCACUAAUGACAAGUCCCUUGAAGGAAAAAGUCUUGUGGGAUGGGCAAGACCACUGCUAAAAGAUAGGAACUACCCUGAUUUAAUUGACGAAAGGAUUUUAGAUUCCCAUGAUGUUCAUCAACUCUUUUGGAUGGUUAGAGUAGCUGAGAAAUGUCUCAUCAAGGAUCCUCACAAGAGAUUAUCAAUGGAAACGAUAGUAAAUGCUUUAAAUCAUCUAAGAGAGUCAGAUGUAAUAUGCAAUAUCAGUAUUUCACCUGCAUAUUCAGAUAAUUCCUUGCCUGACAGUGAAGAGUCUCCUAAGACAUAUGAUAAUAGAGGUGAUGAUGAUCAUGAUAACAGUCAUCAUAUAGAAGUAGAAUCUUAUAAGUCCAGGCAUAGCAUGGCCUAUUAUGAUCAUAUAACUGGAAGUAUUUCACAAUCAUCGUGGACUCAAUCUACUUCAUCAUCUAGAUCAAGUUUAUCCCCAAUGUCUGAGCAGUCCAGUUUGGAUGGUAGACUCAAGUAAAUAGCAUUUAUCACAUCACCAAAAGUAUAUAUUUAUGCUAUAUGGUAGAAGAAUAAUGAUUAUUAGUAAUGAGAUGAAUAGUACAUUGUUUCAUGUAACUAAAUUAAUUAGUCAUAAGAGAGUUUUACUCACAUGAUGAGAGAAAGUGCAGGACAUUAUAAUAAGUUGGGCCAUUUUCCAACAAAGUAGUCUCUUUUGAAUUUUGUGUAAUAUUAAAGUUGUUAUGUUUUAUGCUCAUAAAUAAAUAUUAAAUAAGAAAAGGAGUAGUUCUAUGAUUUUUAUUUA